CUAAUGCAGGUACCUUGCAACUUGAAACAUCAGCCCAAAGUGAUGACCAGCAAAUGGUUACACGCGCGGUUGGACCGCACACAAGGUCUUGCUACUUUGCUGGAUAUGAAAGCAUUGUAAGUGCCCCUGAUGCACUUCGAAGUUUGUGCGGGGUAGACAGCAAUGUGUUUUCUUUAUUGCUUAGUCUUUUGCCAGCUGUCAGGGAAAGAACAACUGAUGUAACAAUUGAAAACAAACUUCUCAUGUUUCUCAUGAAAAUGAAACUAGGAGUAUCUUUUGCGGCCAUUGGUGUCAUGUUUGGGGUGCAUGAGAGCACUGCCUGCCGUAUCUUUUAUACAAUUCUGAACACAUUGGCAGAAGUAACAAAAGAUUGGAUUUAUAAGCCCCCUAUUGAAGAUAUAAAACUUUCGCAGCCUGAAUGCUUCAGGAAAAAUUAUCCAGAGUGCACUUUGAUCAUUGACUGCACUGAAGUUAAAACCGAAACACCAUCUGAAGUCAGGCAGCAGCACAUGCUGUUUUCUUCAUACAAGAGUUGCUACACGCUAAAAUUUUUAGUUGGAAUUAUCCCAAAUGGAAUGAUUGCUUUUGCAUCUGAGCCUUUCGGCGGACGGUGCUCUGAUACACAAAUCACUCUUGAUUCUGGUUUUCUUCACAUCGUUGAACCAGGUGACAUGAUCUUGGCUGACAAAGGUUUCCCUGGUAUCCGUACAGAGCUUGCUCACAAAGGAGUAGUCAUGAUCAUGCCACCCUUCUCAGCUGGAAGUGGCGUCCCAUUUUCUCCUGAAGAAAUGGAGAGAACCUACAGCAUUGCAUCUGUACGCGUUCAUGUUGAACGGGUGAUUCAAAGAAUUAAGCAGUACGGCAUCCUGAAACACAACAUCCCGAUUUCACUUAUUUCGUCUAUGAAGGAGGUUUUCCAUAUGUGCUGUGUUUUGGCAAAUCUUCAACCUCACAUAAUUGCAGUGACAUAAGCACAAUGACAAGAAUGUGCCCUUUUAAUUUUGGAGUUCACUAGGUGUGGUCUGUUUCCCUGGAUGUGUCAAUGUAUGAGGCUUACAAGCUCCUCAUAUGCUGUGAAAGACGCUGUCGUAGAGGGCUGUGGAUAAAUUUUGACCAUCUGUGGUUCUUUAAUCUGCCCUGUUAUUAAACCACAGAUGGAUUUUCUUGCAUUUUGCCUGCAUUAAAAUGUACCCACUGCAGCAGGGAUUGUGUCCCAAGGUCUUCCAAAUGGAAAAAGAUGCCUGAAGAGAUAGUGUCCACAUUAUCUCUAAUGAUGCAUAUUCUUUCCUUGCAUUGAUAUUUAUGUGUACAUGUAUGCUGUUGUUACUGCUGUAACAUUUUUUUCACUUGCGGUAGUAUUCUGCAUUUUUCUUGUUUUCUACAUCCCCACUACAAUGCCAGACAAUGCACUGCGGGUAUUAUGGUAGAUAAAUAAAUAAGCUGUGUGCAUGCAGGAAGGUAUAACACUUAGUACACAGCACCACAUCAACUUUGUUUUCACACUUGUCCUUGCCCAAGUUCAUCACAUCAAAAAAGAAAAGAAAAACUAGCAGGAUUGUUCUAACUCUGUAACAUCAAUUUUUCAUCAUGAGCUGAAGUUACAGGGAAUUAAUUGGUAGGGGUGUGAGGGGGGGAGUUGGGAGACACAGCCUGGGCUACCACAGUGUUCUUGACCGAUUGCAUCUCAUAUCUUCAUAUCUUUUGAGGGUUUUAAACAAAUCAUUAUGCAUCUAGUUGUAGAGCUGCUCUCAAAUAAGGGUCACCUCUGUGUAGAUUUAGUUGCAGGUGACAGUGGAGAUAGUAAUAUAGUUAACUCAUCAGUAUUUGUAUUCACUAAAGGGCGCAUGUGAUGUCACUGUGUUGAGAACUCUUUGCAUGGUGCGUUGCAGUGACAUGUCUGACAUCAGAGCAUACAGGCCGUGGGUUGUUUUGCGUGUUACCAUGACAUGAGGUUGCAUGUUGUUCAAUCAUUGUGUCGGGUGGUCUGUGCUGUGACACCGUCGUCAUUGUGAAAGUGAGGAAAGAUUUAACAAAAGCCUACACUUCCAAAAACUGCAGGCAUUGCAUCUGUCUUGUGAG